AUGGAUAUUGAAAUGAAAGUUGAUAAUGAUCAACAACAACAACAACAACAAUCAAUUGAUGAUAUUAAUAAUCAUGAAACCUAUAGAGAUAAUAGUUUAGAUGACUCAUUAUAUAGUAGACAAAGAUAUGUAUUGGGUGAUUUUGCAAUGUCAAAAUUAUCAAAAGGUGAUGUAUUCCUUAGUGGAUUGGGUGGUGUUGGUGUUGAAAUUGCAAAGAAUAUCAUUUUAGCAGGUAUUAAAUCAAUUACAUUACAUGAUACAAAGGAAGCAUCAAUCUAUGAUUUAUCAUCUCAAUUCUAUAUAAAUCCAGAACAUGUUGAUCAAAAAUUAAAUAGAGCAAUAAUCUCACAAUCUCAUCUUCAAGAAUUAAAUCCAUAUGUAAAAGUUAAUACAAUAACAAAUUUAUCAUUAUCUGAUUUAAUUUUAAAUAACUCAAAUUCAUUAUUACAAUUUAAAUGUAUAAUUUUAACAGAAAGUAAUUUAAAUGAUCAAAUUAAAAUUAAUGAAUUUUGUAGAGAAAAUGAUAUUAAAUUUAUAGUUGCAGAUUGUUAUGGAUUAGGUGGUUGGGUAUUUAAUGAUUUUGGUGAUGAAUUUAAAGUUUAUGAUAAGAAUGGUGAAGAAUUAAAAGAAGUUUUCAUUUCAAAUAUUUCAAUAUCAACACAAAAUCCUAAUCAAUUAAUUAUCAAUUGUAUGGAAAAUCAUAUUCAUGGUUUUGAAGAGAAUGAUUAUAUUCAAUUCAAAGAAAUCAUUGGUAUGGAUCAAUUAAAUGAUCAAUCUAAAAAAUUUAAAAUAAAUAUUAUAAAUAGUAAUUGUUUUUCAAUUAAUUUAAAUGAUAAUAGUAAUAAUAAUAAUAGUAAUAGUAAUAUCGAUAUUAAAUCAUUACCACCUUAUCAAAGAGGUGGUAUUGCUAUUCAAACUAAAUCAAUUGAACUUUUAAAAUUUAAAUCAUUAAAUAAAUCAAUGAUUGAACCAGAAAUUAUUGAUUUUGAUUUUAUGAAAGAUUCAAGAUAUAAUCAUUUAAUUAGACACUCAAUUGAAAUUUUUAAAGAAAGAAAUGAAAAUCAAUUACCAAGAGAAUUUAAUAAAGAUGAUUCAAUGGAAUUUGUAAAGAUUGUAAAUGAAUUUAAUAUGAAUGAUUAUUUCAAAUUUGAUCAUUUAAAUGAUGAUCAAAUAAAAGAAGAUCAAUUAAUUAGAAUUUCAAAUAGUUUACGUGGUAAAAUUUGUCCAUUAACUUCAGUUAUUGGUGGUUUUGUUGCUCAAGAAGCUUUAAAAUCAUUAACUGGUAAAUUUACACCAUUAAAACAAUGGUUAUAUAUUGAUUGUUUUGAAUUAUUAGAACAACAACAACAACAACAACAACAACAACAACAACAACAACAACAACAACAACAACAACAACAACAACAUCAACAUCAAGAAAAACAAAUUUUAGAAAUUAAAUAUCAAAAUAAUAGAAAAUAUUCACAAAUAUUAUGUUUAGGUGAAUUAAUUUGUGAUAGAUUAUCAAAUGCAAAAUUAUUUAUGGUUGGAUCAGGUGCAAUUGGUUGUGAAAUGUUAAAGAAUUAUGCAUUAUUAAGUGUUGCAACAAAUUCUGAAUCUGAUAGUUUAAUAACUAUAACUGAUAAUGAUUUAAUUGAAAAAUCAAAUUUAAAUAGACAAUUCCUAUUUAGAAAUAAAGAUAUCAAUCAAUGGAAAUCAAGUGUUGCAGCAUUGGCAACUCAUUCAAUGAAUAGCUCAAUAAAGAUUCAAGCAAAUCAAGAUAAGAUUGAAGGUGCAACUGAAAAUAUCUAUAAUGAUGAUUUCUACAAUCAAUUGGAUGUUGUAGUUAGUGCAUUGGAUAAUGUUGAAGCACGUUUAUAUUUAGAUAAACAAUGUGUAUCUCAUGCAUUACCAUUACUAGAAUCUGGUACACUUGGUACAAAAGGUCAUGUACAAGUGAUUUUACCCUACCUAACUGAAUCUUAUGCAUCACAAAAAGAUCCAAAUGAAAAACAAACACCAUUUUGUACAUUAAAAUCAUUCCCAACCAAUUUAGAUCACUGUAUUCAAUGGUCACGUGAUAAAUUUGAAAAAUUCUUUGCAAUUAAUCCAUUGGAAUUAGAUAAAUUCAUUAAUCAACCACAUUAUUUAGAACAAUUAUUAAAUUCAUCAAGUUCAAAUAAAAUUUCAACCUCAAGAACCCUUUCUAAAAUGAUGGAUAAUUUCAUUGAAUCUUGGAAAGAUUGUAUCAUUAUGGCAAGAAUUAAAUUUGAAAAACUUUUUAAUCAUAAUAUUAGACAGCUAUUAAAAAGUUAUCCAUUGGAUUUAAAAACAAAAGAAGGUAUUCCAUUUUGGACUUUACCAAAAAGACCACCAACUCCUUUACUUUUCGAUAAAGAUGACGAACUUCAUCUAUCAUUCAUUAGAAAUCUUUCAUUAUUAUAUUCUCAAGUUUAUAAUAUAACACCAAGAGUAGAAAAUACUUUUACCACAAUCGAUGAUAUUAAUAAAUCAAUUAAAGAUAUAUUAAUCAAUGAUAAUUCAAAAUCAGUACCAGAGUUUAAACCAAAGAAUAAGAAUAUCAUUUCAGAUGAAAAAGCAUCUGCACCUAUUGAAACUUUUACUUUAGAACAAUUCCAAGAUUUAACCAUUAAAUUAAAUAAUCAACUAUUAAAUUUUAAAAAAUCAAAAGCUCAUAAUGAUAAUUGUAAUAAUAAUAAUAAUACAAAGAUAAACUACCUUUCAUUUGAAAAAGAUGACGAUUCAAAUCAUCAUAUCGAUUUUAUUACCUCCAUUUCAAAUCUUAGAGCUAGAAUCUAUCAAAUUCAAGAAUCAGAUAGAUUCAAAGUAAAAUUAAUUGCUGGUAAAAUCAUUCCUGCAAUUGCAACAACCACUAGUGUAAUUGCUGGUUUUGUAUCUUUAGAAUUAAUUAAAGUUUUAUCAAGUAACUAUUAUCAAUUUAAAAAACAAUCACAACAACAACAACAACAACAACAACAACAACAACAACAACAACAACAACAACAACAACAACAACAACAACAACAACAACAACAACAACAACAACAACAACAACAACAACAACAACAACAACAACAACAACAACCUCAAUUACCACCAAUUGAAAACUUUAAAAAUUAUUUUGUUAAUCUUGCACUACCAUCAUUCCAAAUUUGUGAACCUGGUUUAGCUCCAAAAAUUAAAGUUACAAAUUCUUUUAAUUAUACACUUUGGGAUAAUUGGGAAAUUAAUCAACCAAAUAUUACAAUACGUGAAUUUAAUGAAUAUUUUGAAAAUAAAUAUAAGAUUAAAGUUAGUGGUAUUUAUCAAGAUGUAUCAUUAAUUUAUAUGGCUGCAUUACCUUCACAUAAAAAAAGAUUAUCAAUUCCACUUAAAAACCAUUUAUCUGAUAUCGAUGGAUUAAAAUACAUUGACCUUUUUGUCUCCUUUGUUGAAGAGGAUGAUAAAGAAGCUCAAGGUCCACCAAUAAGAUUUAUUCUAUAA